AUGCCCAAGGUAUCCACCAAAGAGACUAAAGCUUCCAAGAAGACGGAGACGACCAAGAGGGCUCCUAAAGAGAAGAAGGAUCCCAAUGCGCCAAAGAGAGGUCUCUCCGCCUACAUGUUCUUCGUCCAAGACUACCGACCCAAGAUCAAAAACGACCAUCCUGACGUUUCUUUCGGUGAAACCGGCAAGCUUUUGGGGGAGAAAUGGAAGGCCAUGAGUGCGGCCGAGAAGAAGCCUUUCGAAGACCUCGCCGCCAAAGACAAACUUCGUGCGGAGAAAGACAAGAAAGCCUACCUAGCUACAGGUGGUGGAGAGAAGAAAACUUCUAAAAAGUCCAAGCCUGCUGUGUGA